CGUAUUUGAUUUCAAAAUUAAAUUGUAAUAAACAAGAGUACCCAACGGUAAAUGCACGUUUAUAGUUUUCAUCAAGCUCGAGUUGGUUAAAUUUUCGCAAAUUUAAUGAAGCAGCAUAAAAAAUUGCAGAUUUUUUUCAACGAUGAGGUCAAAAGUCGAAAACAACGCAGCGAUGAUAAGAUUUAAUCUAAAUAAAGUACACAAACUUCCGAUCCUAUAUGAUCAGUACGUCCAUAAUAAUGUGCAAGAAAACACAUUUAUUUCGGUGUGAUUUUCGAUGUGAAAUGUAAAUUGCCUUGUCUAUGACUUAUUUUCAUUCUCCAAAAAGUUUUUUGCGAUUUGAUUAAUUUUAUAAAUGUGCUAAGAAAGUUUUCCAAUUUCCAGUUCCUUCGCUCAAAUGAUCGAGAAAAAAAUAGUAGUACAGAUGGAAAGCGUUGGAUAUUACCGCUCUCCAAAAUAUUCAUCUCUAACCAGCUUAAAUGGCAAAAACAUGUACGGAGCAGCGCGAGUAGUUGUGUUUAUAUUGGGAAUCGUAGUUAUACCUUGUACCUUGCUAAUAACGCCGCUCUAUAUACGCCAUAAAAUAUUCAAUGACGUAAUUUUUGCAGUCACUGAAUCAGAUGUUUUGGAAAUAAAAGAGGGAAUCUCAUCAAUAUUUUGUCAGGGUCAAACGAUAAAAAUGAAUUCGACGUUCAAUGCCUUCCAAAUAGACGACCAUAAAGUCGAUACGAAUUAUAAGAAGCAUUUCAGGCUGCGUAAAAGUAUGAUAUUACCCGAUGACAGUCUGGAAUACUGGGGAUUUUUCUUGAACAAGGGGUCGACAGUGAACUUAUCGUUGUGUUCGAGAUACGAUGGCGGCCGAAUUAUGGUAGUCAAAGAUUUAAAAGAUUUCCAUUCGUGCGGAUUACUCGAAAAAGCUCACAAAAAUGGCGCCGAUCCGCACGUCGUUGGCGAAAACGAGGUGCAAGUUGUUUACGACCCAAACGCCGAAGUAAUUCGUAAUUCUGACGAACAAGGGGGAGAAAAUUACAGUCAAGAAACGCUAGACGAGUUGAAAAAAUACGCCGAAGAUUAUCUGAAACGAAAAAUCAGACGAAUGAAAUCGUCACCCGAUGAAGUGCCCACCGCCACAAGUCCACCAACUCGACGGAGUCGAUCCAUCAAUGACCAAAAUGUUAACCACUUGGAGGGAUUUCUUCACGGCAAAACAAACAACGAUAGCAGCGAUUCGUCUGUUUCCAGUUUCGAAAACGAUUUAAUUUCGUGCCACGAAGGCCGAAUUCUCCUAAAUAAUAAUUUCACGUAUUCGCAUCAUUGCACCGGACUGGAGUUUUUGGAAAAUCGGACUCAUAUUCAUACUAAAAUUCAGCACGAAGUACACGCCGAUGGGUAUUACUUUUAUAUUUUCUACAGCGAUAACGAUAUCGUGAAAAACAGUAUUCAUACGAUUUUCGAUAUAGCCAAGCCAACUUACGAAUACAGCGAUUAUAUUAGAGGGUGUUUGAAUAAAACCGAAUGUACGUUUCCUAUUUCGUUCCUGUCGCGAGAAAAAGUCGUUGUUGAGAUUCCUAUGAUGAAUGGUAUCGAACACGAAGGCGAAGAAGUUGAAAUGUUGAUAUCGAGUUGUCAACCUAGGACCUUGAUUUACGCUAUUUUUCCUAUCGCUGUAUUAAUCGUGAUCCUGACGUUUUCGUUCGUUUAAUAAUAUUAUUACUUCAUUGUGAAUUCAUAAAAUUAUGUACAUACGAGCAGAGCAGGUACAUAUUUAUCGACUGGAGGACAUCUCUGUUUCUCGGUAUAAGUUGACUGUGAUGGGAUUUAAGACUGAAAUACCGAGAUUUCCCCCAGUAGCCGAAGUUCCUAUUAAUUCUGUAAGAAUAUGUUAGUGAUAAAUAUUAUCCAAUAAAUUUUGUAAUGGUAAA